GGUCAAUUGUAUUGAGCCCGUUACCCUCCAAGAUCAUCUCUGCAAUACGAGGAGGAGAAGAGGACGACUUCGUGCAGCUGCCGCCGCUCUUCUUCAGUCAGACUAUCGCCGCCGUUUUCUGCAGGCCGCCGUUGUUCUGCAGGUCGCCGUUGUUCUGCAGGUCGCCGUCGCCGUUGGACUGAGCGUGAACGCCGUCGCCACUGUGGUCUUCCCCUUCUUGUCGAGCACUGCUGUUGCCGUGUGCUACUUUUUGCGAUUGUUGAUCGUGAGUGAGAGAAGACGAACUCGAACGAGAGCUAGCGCAGCCGUACCCUCUCGCAAGCGAAGCCUUCCGCCGUCACUGCCGCCGCGUUUCCGGCGACAUUGGAACCCAUGUCGGUGCUGAUAGUGACGAGUUUAGGGGAUAUUGUCGUGGACUUGUACACCGAAAAAUGUCCCCUCACUUGUAAAAAUUUCCUCAAACUUUGCAAGAUUAAGUAUUAUAAUGGGUGUCUCUUUCACACAGUGCAGAAGGAUUUUACUGCCCAAACGGGUGAUCCAACAGGAACCGGGUCCGGUGGCGAUUCGGUUUACAAAUUUCUAUAUGGUGAUCAAGCUCGGUUUUUUGGCGAUGAGAUUCAUCUUGAUUUGAAGCAUUCGAAGAUGGGCACUCUUGCCAUGGCUAGUGCUGGAGAAAAUCUCAAUGCUUCUCAGUUUUAUCUCACGUUGAGAGAUAGUCUGGACUAUCUUGAUGGCAAACAUACCGUUUUUGGAGAUUUAGCUGAAGGAGUCGAAACACUGACUCGGAUCAAUGAAGCUUAUGUAGAUGAAAGUGCAAGGCCCUACAAAAAUAUCAGAAUCAAACACACCUACAUUCUCGAUGAUCCUUUUGAUGAUCCUCCACAACUAGCUGAACUCAUUCCCGAUGCUUCCCCCGAAGGAAGACCAAAAGACGAGGUCGAUGAUGAUGUGCGUCUUGAAGAUGAUUGGGUGCCCAUGGACGAGAAAUUAAGUACACAAGAGCUUGAGGAGGUUAUACGUGUGAAGGAAGCACAUUCUAGUGCUGUCGUACUUGAGAGUAUUGGAGAUAUUCCUGAUGCUGAGAUAAAGCCUCCGGACAAUGUUCUGUUUGUCUGUAAACUGAAUCCAGUUACUGAGGAUGAGGAUUUGCACACAAUUUUCUCGAGGUUUGGGACUGUACUAUCGGCUGAAGUAAUCCGUGAUUAUAAGACUGGUGACAGUUUAUGCUAUGCUUUCAUAGAGUUUGAGACCAAUGAAUCAUGUGAAAACGCAUAUUUCAAGAUGGACAAUGCUUUGAUUGAUGAUCGGAGGAUACACGUUGAUUUUAGCCAGAGUGUGUCGAAGCUAUGGUCACAAUACAGGCGCAAAGAUCACAAAAAGGGAGGGGGUUGUUUCAAAUGUGGUGCCGUUGAUCAUAUUGCCAAGGAUUGCACUUCUGGAGGCCCCACAAUGAAAGACCAAGAGAGAAAGUAUGUCUUAAAGGACGACAAUCAACAGCGAGGCGAAGGCGAAAACUCUAGGUAUGACAUGGUUUUCGAUGAAGACACGAGGAGAAGUCCACGACGGGAGAAGAGACAUCGGGGCCAUGAUUCAGAUGAACGAGUAGAGAAACAAAAGAUGAACAGGCAGAGCAUGGAUGACUCGAGGCAUAGGGUUCGAGAAAAGAGAGACUCGAGGGAUGGGCAUAGGCAGAGUGAGAGAAGUCGUAGAGAAUACAAGGAGGAUGAAUUGAGGCGAGAGAGAUAUAGGGAUGAGCGAGAUCGUGAGAAACGGCACCGAUAUGAUAGAAGAUGAAGUGCACUUUUCUUUGUUGUACUAAUAAAAUACGGAUUCUCACAACUCAGACAAAUGAAACAAAAGAUGAACGGUUUUUAGUGCAAUUAUUUGAUUUAAUCAA